CUCGACGUUUCUGUUGGCUCUCACGCCAUGGGAAGGAUAAAAAUUGAGCUCUUCAAGCAUAUUAUGCCGAAAUGCGCGGAAAAUUUUAGACAAUUCUGCACGGGAGAACACAAGAUGAACUCGGUGCCCGUUGGCUACAAGAACGCCAAGUUUCAUAGGGUCCUAAAAGGCUUUAUGGUCCAUGGCGGCGACUUUGUGAAGGGGGACGGAACGGGCAGCAUGAGCAUUUACGGCAGCAGCUUCCCUCUCGAGGCCCCUCCCUGCGCGGAGUCGCUUCAGGGUCUCAGCGGACCAGCAGCAGCCGCAGCAGCAGCAAAAGCGGUUGCUGCUGGCUCUGUGCCGCACUUCCGAGCAGGUUUACUUUGUAUGGCCAACAGUGCCGCUGCCAGCGGCAAGCAGCAGGAGCAGGAGAAAGACCCAAAGCAGCAGCAGAGAGGAGGCACGAACGGCUGCCAGUUCUUCAUCACCUGUGGCUCUUGCCUUUGGUUGGACGGCCGCAAUGACGUCUUCGGGCAGGUUAUUGGCAGGGACUCGCACCAGGUUUUAAGAAAGAUUGAACACGUGUCUACUGAUGCCCAGGGCAAGCCGCGUGUAGACAUCACCAUCACUGAAUGUGGCGAGCUGUAG